AGUAUCAAACCUAGAACAUCCAUUUUAAACCAUACUAUUCCAAAAUCUCAUUACCUGCGUCAAUUCUUGGAAUGCAGUUUAUGUAUUUGUUAAACAACAUCACUUAAAUUGGUUAUAAGUUGAAAUCUGGCGCAUACUACAUAUCAAUGCUUGUGCUAAUGUUUGUUAACUAACUAUUGAUGUCACCUCAGUUUGAAUGCGACUGAUUUUCUGGAAAAGUUGCGAGGACAGAGGCUGGUUUUUGUGGGGGACUCACUGAACAGGAACAUGUGGGAGUCCAUGGUGUGUAUCUUGCGUCAAAGUGUCAGAGACAAGAAACAUGUUUUUGAAAUUUCAGGAAAAACAGAAUUUAAGAAGAAAGGUGUCUAUGCUUUUAGAUUUGAGGAUUAUAAUUGUUCAGUAGAUUUUGUUAGCUCUCCUUUCAUUGUUCAAGAGUCAACUUUCAAGGGCACAAAUGGAUCCUUUGAGACAUUAAGAUUGGAUUUGAUGGAUCAGACAACUACCACCUAUCAUGAUGCUGACAUCAUAGUCUUCAAUACAGGUCAUUGGUGGACUCACGAGAAAACAUCUAGGGGAGAGGACUAUUAUCAAGAAGGCAACCAUAUAUACCCCAGACUCAAAGUUCUGGAUGCAUAUACAAGGGCAUUGACCACUUGGGCUAGAUGGAUUGACAACAAUAUUGAUGCCAAUCGAACUCAGGUUUUCUUCAGAGGAUACUCGGUCACUCAUUUCAGGGGUGGGCAAUGGAAUUCAGGAGGACAGUGCCACAAAGAAACUGAGCCAAUAUCUGAUGGAAAGCACUUGCGCAAGUAUCCUUCGAAAAUGAGGGCUUUGGAGCGUGUGGUCAUGCCAAAGAUGAAAACUUCCGUGAUAUAUAUGAACAUUAGUAGGCUUACAGAUUACAGAAAAGAUGGGCAUCCCUCUAUAUACAGAAUGGAGUAUAAGACAGCAGAGGAGCUAGCCUCUGCGGAACUUCACCAAGAUUGCAGUCAUUGGUGUUUGCCUGGAGUACCUGAUACUUGGAAUGAAUUACUCUAUGCUUCUCUAUUGAAAUAUGGUAAAGGCCAUUGGAAAAGUUGAGCCAAACUCCUCAAAUUCGUUAUGAUUUCUCAUCCAUUAUACAUAUUCAACACAUGUAUAUUCAUUGACUUGCACAAUUCUCAUAAUGAAAACCACGAAAGCUGUAAAAUUUGUAGAUUGAAAGCUCCAUUUCGUUAGCCUUGACUAGUUAAAGAAAAGGAAGGAUCGAAUUUGUUCCCCUAUUCAACUACCAAAAUUUCGCUUGUAAACGUAUAACAAUAAAUACGAUGGAUACAUAACAAGAAACGUGGACUUGGUUGAAAUGAUUUUGACUA